AUGGCUUGCAGUUGCUGUGAAAGUGCUGUGGUAAACGCCAUGGACAUGACAAAGUCGGUUUGUGUAACAUUCAAAAUCGAUCUUAUUGGACUCUCUGUGAAUGUUACUAUCAGUUUGGACGGUGAUGCAGUGAGUCAAUUCACACUCGACACCAAAUCGCCACCCAAUUUAUGCCUGCCAGUGAUAUCGGACUUAACAUCGCUGACUGUGUGCCUCAAGAUGACUAUGAAUUUGGCCAGUGCAACCAGCCUUAGCAUCUGCCCAAAUUUCUAUAGCAACUACGAUGCGAAUCAAAUCCUUGCUUAUAAUUUUCCCUGCAUAAAUGUUGGUAUGGAUGGCAUCAGCUUUUCGUAG